AUGGCCGCCUCUCACCACGUCCUGCUCAUCGGCGGCCACGGCAAGGUUGCCCAGCUGCUGACGCCGCUGCUGCUCAAGCGGUCGUGGACCGUAACCAGCAUGAUCCGCACCGACGAGCAGGCCCCUGCCAUCGAGAAGCUCGGCAGCGGCUUGCCCGGCAAGCUCAACGUCCUGGUCCGCAGUGUGGCCGAAGUCUCUACCCAAGAACGGGCCGCGACCAUCCUGAACGACGUGAAGCCCGACUACGUUGCUUGGAGUGCCGAUCGAGACGCGGCCGUCAACUUUGUCCGCGCAGCCGCCGACAUCCCCUCCAUUGAACGAUUCCUCCUCGUCUCCUACGCGGGAUCUCGGCGUGCGGGCGCCCCGUGGUGGCCCCAGGGCGAGUGGGACGACUACAACGAGAGUGUCAACCACGGCUCGCUCGCGACUUAUUACAAGGCAAAGAUUGCCGCCGACGAGGUACUCUAUGAGACGUCCAAGAAGAGCUCUACUCUUGUUGGCAUCUGCCUUCGGCCCGCUACGCUUACCGACGAGCCUGCUGGCAAGGUUGAGCUCGGCAAGACCGCCCACGUAAAGGGCCAUGCGAGCAGGGCUAGCGUCGCGGCUGUCGCGGAUGCCUUGCUCGCCGUUGACGCUGUCAAAAAUGCCUGGCUUGAUCUCCAGGACGGCACUGAAGAUGUCGACGCCGCUGUCAAGAGGUGCGUCGAGGAUGGUGUAGAUGCGGCUGAGGGCGAGGAAAUCUUUGGCUCCAAAAUGUGA